GAUAUAUACACAUAUAUGUGGAUGUACACGAACGAAAACAAUACGAAAUUAUGAUGCGUAAAAGUACAAUUAAUCGUGUAACAAAAUUUGCGCUCAUCUUAUUCGGUAUCUGGCCAAAUGCAUCAUGCAUUAUGUUUUGCAGAAUAUUUUGGACUGUUACAAUAGCAAUGAUCCUAAUCUGCCAUUAUCUAUAUAUCGUCAAAAAUUACAGUUAUGACAAUAUAUUCAAUUUGUUGGAGUCUGUUAGUACCUUUUUAGGAUUUCUCAAAUUAAUGUUCAAGUUUGGCUUGUUUUGGUUCAAUCAGCGAAUAUUCGACAAAGUCUUGACGAUGAUGGCGGAAGAUUGGAAUGAGUGCACCAAUAGUGACGUCGAAAUACAUGAGAUAUUAAACAAAGAGAAGAUAUCUAAUUAUAUCACAAACAUGAUCAUAACUCUUCAUACGGUUCUCGUGAUUUUCUACGGCAUUUCCAUCAUUUUGGACAAUGUUGACAUCGCCAAUUAUACGAGCUACGACCUACCGCACAUUUACAAAGCAGUAAUGCCUUUCAGUAUAAACACGCAAGGCGCGUAUAAAGUCGUCUUAAUCUUGGAAUGGUUACAUCUCAUCAUGACUAGCUGGGGCAUGGGUAUAAUAAACGCUUUGUUGCUAAUCUUGAUCCUACACGUAGGUGGCCAGAUAAAUAUCCUGUGUUCUUGGCUAGCUGAGCUCAUGUCCAAAGCGGACACAGGCAAAUCUGUCAUCAUUUUGAUGACAGAGAAAAUCAUCCGGAAGCAUCAGAAAAUUAUUUACUUCGCAAAAAUAUCGAAAGUUUGUAUACGUUCAUCGCGUUCGUACAAUUUACAACAAACACGAUGA